AUGGUGUGUUCUCUGACCAGCGGCAAGGCCUGCGCCGACAGCGGAGACCCGUGCCCGGACGCGCCAUCGCGCUCCACGCCGGAGGGCGGCGGACUCGAGAUCGCCGAGAACAUGUCGUCGUCGCUCAGCGACGCGCACCGACGCAACAACAAUCAUCACCUGGACCAGGGCGACCGCAGCUCGUCCGCGGGCUCCUCGUUGGGCUCAUGCUCGCCGCCUCCCGUCUCGAGCCACUCGCCGCCGCCCCCGCGGCCGCCCUGGCUGCACGACUUCCACGCGGCGGCCGCGCCCCACGUUCUGCAGUUCCUCAAUCUGAGCGCCGCCGGCGGCGGCAUGCUGGGCAGCCAGCCACUGCAGCAGCAGCAGCAGCAACAGUCGCACCAGCAGCAGCAUCAUCCGCAGCAUCAGCAGCAACAGGGUGGCAUCCAGCUGCCGCGGAUCGCCGUGCCGCCGCUCUCCACUAUAACGCAGGGCCAGUCAUCGCCCACCGGCAGCGACAAGCACAGCCCGGCAACUUCCAUCACCUCCGUCGGCAGCAACCCCCACGGCAUCGACACGAUACUCUCGAGACCGACGGCGACGGUGCACCCCCAGACGACGGUCCCGCCGUCGCACGCGGCCCUGCCGCCGGCACCGCAUCCUCAGCACAUGGCUGCGCCGCGAUACGCCAUGCACGCCGGCUUUACGGCAUCCUCGGUGUCGCAACAGCUGGGCUGUCAGCAAGCGAUGACGGGCGCGGGCGGCGGCGCCGGAGAACACGAGGGCGGCAAGAAGAAGCACACGAGGCCCACAUUCAGCGGACAGCAGAUCUUUGCCCUGGAGAAGACCUUCGAGCAGACCAAGUACCUAGCCGGCCCGGAGCGCGCCAAAUUGGCGUAUGCCCUCGGCAUGUCGGAGUCCCAAGUCAAGGUGUGGUUCCAGAACCGGCGGACAAAGUGGCGGAAGAAGCACGCGGCGGAGAUGGCGACGGCAAAACGACGGCAAGAGGAGGUUGAGGGCGUCGUCGCCGAGGGCGAGGACGGCUGCAGCGACGCGGAGACCGACGGCGGCGGUAGCGGCGGCGGCGGCGGCGGUGGCGGCGGCGGUGGCGGCGGCGGCGAGACCGCCGCGAAGAUGCGAAGGGAGCUCGAGCAGCAGUACAGGCAUUGA